GUCUGAUAGAAAAAUAUGUAUAUAAUUACAUUGUAGAAGAGGUGUGUUGUAAUCAAUCAGGUUGGUUUCUUCACAUUGAAGUAGAGACAGAAAGAAGAAGAAAACGACACCAUGGAGAUCAAAAGUUGCAAAGAGAGAAGAUAUAUAUAUUUAUCUGACAAAAAGACUGGGCCCCUUCAAUUUGUUUCUAUUUAGAUCCCACUUUUGACAAGCAAAGCUUUCAUCUGGUUAUCUUUCUCUACUCUUUUUUAUUAUUAUUUCUUCCUUUGGGUCUUUCAUAAGCCACACCCAAGGUGGUCUGCAACAUGUUCGUCGUCUAAACUGUAAAGAAUCACCAAGUAUUGCAUGGCGAACCAUCUUAUUCCUUAUGCACUUCUUCAUGGAAUGAAUGUUCCCACAAGUUUCAUUAAUCAAGAAGGAUCUGCCUUUGAUUUUGGAGAGCUAGAAGAAGCCAUUGUUCUGCAAGGAGCUAAAGCAAAUUUAUUAACAGGCAGAACUGCAGCUACUUUGGAGAUGUUCCCUUCUUGGCCUAUGAGAUAUCGGCAAACCCCAGGAAGUUCAAAAUCAGGAGGGGAAAGUACAGAUUCAGGCUCAGCUUUGAACACUAUCUCAAGCAAAACUGAGAACCAGUUUGAGCCAGACUCCCCCAUCAGUAAAAAGGCAUCAUCUUCAUAUCAUCAGGCUUUUGACCAGCAGAAUCUACAGCAACAACAACAACAACAAGAGAUGGCAAGUGAUCCUUCAAGAACAGGCACAUCACUGAAUCAAUCAGCUCCCAUUGUCAAACCUCUCCAAGAAAAGAAAAGGGCUUCAACUUCUGAGAAACAGCUUGAUGCCAAGACAUUGAGGCGUUUAGCUCAAAAUAGAGAAGCCGCAAAGAAAAGCCGUCUUAGAAAGAAGGCAUAUGUUCAACAAUUAGAGUCAAGUAGAAUAAAAUUAACUCAACUUGAACAAGAACUUCAAAGAGCACGAUCUCAGGGGCUUUUAUUGGGGAGUAGCGGUGGUGGUGUUGGAAAUAUUAGCUCUGGGGCGGUAAUAUGUGACAUGGAAUAUGCAAGAUGGUUAGAAGAUGAUGAGAGGCAUAUGUCGGAGCUUAGAACCGGUUUACAUUCGAACCUUUCCGACACCGACCUUCGAUUGAUGGUCAACACUUACCUUUCCCAUUACGAUGAAAUUUUCCGGUUGAAAGGAAUGGCUGCCAAAUUCGAUGUUUUUCACCUUUUAACUGGGAUGUGGACCUCUCCGGCGGAGCGUUGCUUCCUUUGGAUGGGUGGUUUUAGGCCGUCUGAGCUCAUCAAGAUAUUAAUAUCACAGUUGGACCCAUUAACGGAACAGCAAUUGAUGGGGAUCUGCAGCCUCCAGCAUUCUUCACAACAGGCGGAAGAGGCACUCAGUCAAGGCCUGGAACAGCUCCAGCAGUCUCUCAUCGACACCGUUGCUGGCGGUCCUGCCAUUGAUGGAAUGCAACAAAUGGCUAUUGCCUUAAGCAAGCUGGCCAAUCUCGAAGGCUUCGUCCGUCAGGCUGACAAUUUAAGGCAACAAACUCUACACCAAUUGCCCCGGAUACUAACUGUAAGACAGGCGGCACGGUGUUUUCUGGUAAUCGGAGAAUACUACGGAAGAUUACGAGCACUUAGUUCUCUUUGGGCGUCCCGGCCUCGAGGGAGGUUGAUGAGUGAUGAACAGCCAUGCCAAACAACAACAGAGUUGCAAAUGGUGCAGCCAUCACAGAGCCACUUCGCACACUUUUGAUAAUUCAAAACAAGAAAUCCAUCCCUCCUAGCCGGCUAUAUCUGUAUUUAGUUUCAAAAUCAUAAAUGCAGCAAGGCAAAUUGGACUACAUAUGUAAUAUAUUUCAUCAAAGCACGUUUUAAGUUUAGAGGA